CAGGAAGAGGAAGACGGACGCCCUUCAGCAGCCGCGGACGUGCGCGCACCGCUGGAGGCAGUCAAGCUGCAGACCGGAGCUUUGGCACAACUCUGGCUGCUGUUAGCGGCGGAGAGGAGAGAGGAACGGGAGCUGGGUGGGCAUGACAUGUGAGCCAAGUCUGCACAGAUACACCACAUAGCCAAAGUAUGUCUGCGGAGGGGCGGGUCGAUGCUCCGAGGGUCUUGACUCAGGUGAAUGAGAACACAGCUGCAGAUUUCUCCUGUUUUUGGCUAUUUUGUUUAAUUUUCUCAUCUCAUCGCUGAGAGGAGACCGAUGAGGCAGCUGUAGACCUCCCCGUGCCCCACUUCACCCUGAUUCAGCCUGGCAAGCGUCAAGGUGCAGCAGCCAGGAGAGAGGGGACAGAGGAAGAGCCGAUGUUCAAUUAACUAUCCGACGAAACGGUGUAUAAACGGAGAAUAACGUGACAGCAUUGCUGAGUGGCCGCAGACUGACAGAAACACAAGGGAGAGGACACUAUGUCAAAGGAGACGAGAGUAAAAGGUUCGUCAAGAAAACACAGCGCCACUCAUUGGUGCCUGCAGAAUAUUGCACAAGAAUCAGUCGACAGCUCCGAUGAGGAGUUCUUUGACGCCAGAGAUGUUAUGGAGGGGAAGAGCGCCAUUCUGCUGGGGAUGAGUCAGUGGAACUCAAAUGACCUGGUGGAGCAGAUCGAAACGCUGGGACACAUGGAGGACCAGUCGCACGAGGGUCUGUACCAGCUGGGAGGCCCACGCUGUGCCCCUCAGAGCAGCAUUGAAGGAGUGGACGAUACAGAGAGAAAAUGUAAGACCCAUGUGCUAAUACUUGUGGUGCAUGGGGGAAACAUCUUGGACACAGCGGGCGGAGAUCCCAGCACAAAAGCUGGCGAUGUGGCCACGUUGGCCUCGGUGCUCGACAAGGUUACGCGGGCGCAUUUCCAAGCUGCUGCCGAACACGUGAUGAUCAAGCUGGUGCCAUGUCCAGCUGUAUGUGCUGAAGCCUUCUCUCUGGUGUCCAAUCUCAACCCGUACAGCUAUGAUGAGAGCUGUGUGUCCAGCAGCGUAGACCACCUGCCUCUUGCUGCCCUUCCCCUCCUCGCCAUUGUCUCUCCACGUUACCAGGAUGCUGUGGCGACCAUCAUUGACCGGGCCAACCAAGUCUAUCGCAGUUUCUUGCAGUCAGAAGACGGUCAAGGGUUCAGCGGUCAGGUUUGCCUGAUGGGCGACUGUGUGGGUGGUGUUCUGUGCUUUGACGCCUUGUGCUUCAGCAACCACCAGAGGCCUGGCAGCCCCAACAACAGCAGCAGGAACAAUAGCACUGAGAGCCUGAAGGAUAACUCAGGCCUGCUGGGGGAGUCCAGCUCGGGUUUGAGCUCUAGCAAGAGGCUGAGCAAAAGCAACAUUGACAUCUCCGCUCCCAACGAAGGCCAGGGCGGCCCACCACUCAGCCGUAAACAGAGCGACUCUUAUGAUGGAGACACCUCGUCCACUGGCCAGCACAGCUUUUUCUCCAGUUUGAUGAAGGAGGGAACGGAGGUGCGUGGCGGCAGUAGUACUAGUCUGGUGUUGAACCCAGGCAGAUUUGACUUUGAGGUAUCGGACUGCUUCCUGCUGGGCUGCCCGCUGGGCCUAGUGUUGGCCAUGAGACGCACUGUGCUGCCCGCUGUUCAGGUGAGCCAGCUUCAUCCAGCCUGCUCUCAGAUUUUCAACCUGUUUUACCCCUCGGAUCCUUCGGCUUCUAGACUCGAGCCGCUACUGCAGCCUCUCUUCCACAAGUUGCCACCAUUUGCUGUGCCACGCUACCAACGCUACCCUCUUGGAGAUGGACGUUCGGUGCUCAUAGCAGACAGUAUCCAAAGUCAUCCAAAUGUGUUUUUGGAAGGUGAGCAAACUCACGGAGGGCCGACUUCGCAGCAGUCCUCUGAGACCGACACUGAAGGAGGAGGAGAAGAGGGGGGGCGUAGAGCCAGUGUGACCAGUGUGGAAAGUGAAAUGUCGAAUUGCUCCAUGGGCCAACUUGGAAACACCAUCGCUAACAUUUCCAGUAGUUGGUGGGGCUCCAAGAGGCUGGACUAUGCUCUGUACUGCCCUGAUGUGCUGACUGCGUUUCCAACAGUGGCUCUGCCUCACCUUUUUCACGCCUCCUACUGGGAGUCCACUGACGUGGCAGCUUUUGUUCUUCGGCAGCUCAUGCGAUGUGACUGCAUAAAGGCAAAGGAAGCAGACAACUUGGACUCAGCUCCUUUCUCACCCUCUGGUCCCCGUGAGAAGUGGCUUAGAAGGAGGACACAUGUCAAACUAAGGAACGUCACAGCAAACCACAGGGUGAAUGAUGUCAUUGCCACCGAGGAUGGACCCCAGACUCUGGUUGGUCGCUUCAUGUAUGGCCCCUUGGAUAUGGUCACUCUGACUGGAGAAAAGGUGGAUAUCCUGCUCAUGACACAGCCUCAGUCGGGCCGCUGGGUGCACUUUGACACAGAGGUGACCAACAGCAGUGGCAGAGUCACAUACACAAUACCUAAGACCAAGAAGCUUGGCCUAGGAGUAUAUCCCAUUAAAAUGGUAGUCAAGGGGGAUCAGACUAGUGCAGAGGCCUACCUGACUGUGUUACCAAGGGGCAUGGAGUGUGUUGUGUUCAGCAUUGAUGGCUCUUUUGCUGCCAGUGUGUCAAUCAUGGGCAGCGACCCCAAGGUCCGUCCUGGAGCUGUCGAUGUGGUCAGGCAUUGGCAGGACUUGGGAUAUUUGAUCAUCUACAUCACAGGCCGUCCUGAUAUGCAGAAACAGCGUGUGGUGUCCUGGCUCUCGCAGCACAAUUUCCCCCACGGGAUGAUCUUUUUUUCUGAGGGCUUAGUUCAUGACCCCCUGCGACAAAAGACCAUCUUCCUCAGGAACCUCAUCCAGGAGUGUCACAUUAAGAUCAACUCUGCCUAUGGCUCCAUGAAGGACAUCUCUGUUUACAACAUGCUAGGCCUCAGCCCCUCACAAAUUUAUAUUGUUGGCAGACCUUCGAAGAAGUACCAAAAUCAGUGCCAGUUCCUGAGCGAAGGUUAUGCAGCGCACCUCUCCACUCUUCAGUUUGGGCACAGAGCCAGACCUAAGAAAUCUCCUUCAGUUCGCAUGGUCUUAAGGAAAGGUUCAUUCGGUCUCUCAGCGAAGCCUGACUUUCUGUGUAAACGAACCCACCUGCGCAGGACCAUGUCAGUCCAACAACCUGACCCCCCGUGCACACCCAACCCUAAGCCUGAGCGAGCCCAGAGCCAACCAGAAUCGGAUAAGGAUCAUGGUGGUGGGGGAGGCGGAGGAGGAGGAGGGCAAGGACAAGGUGCUUGGGGACGAGCCUCCAUGCAUCGCGGAGAUACAACUCCCUGACAAGAGACAAGAGAUGAAAGGAUUGCUGGAGGACAGAAGAGGAGAACAAAGGGGUCUUAGUGUCCAGGGCCAAGCGUCACCUCUGCCUACUCUAUGUGUACUUUGGAUCCUCCUGUUCUUUACCUCCUGCUUGGCCCUGUACACUUCGCCACCUGUUUGGUCCUUUUCCUGACCUGCUCGGUGGAAAAGGUCACUCGGUCUUCUUAAAUUUGAAACAGCUGCCAAGGACGGCAGCAAUUUUUGUCAACGUUUGUGUUAAGCUUCAGUUGUGUCUCACUGUCAAACCUAAGAAUGUAAUUAAAAGUGUUACUGUACACACAUAUUUAUGAACACACACAUGCUGCAGAGGAUGAAAAAUGAUGAUUGUGGCUACCUUGAAGCUAUUAUGACCCUUUUCCAGCCUUAGCAGCUGAUUAACAGAUGCUGCACGUACCACGGUCCUAUUCAGACUGCUGUGCUGAGAGGUGGUCAUGCUGAAUGACUUCUGCACUGACUCCACUGAUGUAAAUACUCAACACACAUUAUCCCAGUGUGGGCCUCUGGACACAGAAUCACUGUGACAUUUCAGUUCAAUCUCUGCAAUCCAGAGCGCCAAACACCCAACCUCUCUGAACUCCUGCCUCUGCCUCUAUUUUAUUCACACUGUUGGAUGUUUCCCCUCACGUUGUGGUUGGCUUAGUACUAGUUCAACCCCACUCCCAUCCCCCACCGCCCUCCCCUUCAACCAGUCAGGCAGAACAUGCCACCUGACAGCUGCCUCAGACCUGGUCCGCAGCCGCUGAAGUACUGUGGUGUGCACGGCUCGACCCCCGAGGUUGCAUUUGCACUACACAGCAGUGGCUCUCGAUUUAGCUGCAGUUCGAGCUUCAGAAACAAAGAGAUGCAUUUUGGUGUAUUUGUACUUCUUGUCACUGCUUGUUGGUUACUGUAACUACUGAACGACUGAAUAAAUAGUUCAUAGAAAAGUGUUAAUUUUACCGAAAAUGUUUUCUGAUUGAUAGACACAGCCGUGAAAAGGUGAUCAAAACAUGUUUGCCUAAAUCAUUACAGUGAAAGCAUAAUUAGCAUGGCAAGUAUUGAUUGGUAGUUGACUGGUAGUUGCAGUGCACUUUUUCAGGGUUUAAAUACCUCCACACUCUUCGCAGUCAAAUUCAGAAUUUUAACUAGUUAAAUAUUUGCUGCUUAAAUAUUUCAACAUUGCUUCUUCAUGUCACUAAAAAGUAACACGACAAAGAACAUGGAAAAAUAACUUUUAUCUCAAACGUGUUUUAUCAUUUACACUGUGUCAUUCUCACUUUGGAUAGCAUCAAACUAUACAAGACAUGCAGACUUAGUAAUCAUUGUAAUAAGUGCUAAAAGUGACAAGAUUAUAUAAAUUAUUAUGUAUAGAAGUUGUUAUAUCUGAAUAAAAAAAACUUU